AUGGAUUCAAAGACAAAGAGGGAAAAAUCAACCGGUACUGAUCAUCAUUAUAAACAUAAACAUAUUGCUGCGAAAGAUUCAUCCAAAACAGGCGAUAAACACAAGCAAGUUGUUCUAAGAGAUGCCUCCAAAUCGGGCGAUAAACAUAAACAACAGGUGAUCAAAUCGUCAUCUUCCAAGACGAGCAGCUCCGCAAGCGCAAUCCAAGUCAUGAAAUCUUCCUCCAGCACCGUCUAUACUACUACUACCAAAACCGAGACAUUCAUCAAAGAGUCUUCUUCUUCUAAAGGCCAUGUCAAAACUUCGACGUCGUACACCACCGCCACGAAAACUAAGACGGAGACAGCGGUACUGCUCGCUAAAAAGUCAACGUCGACAUCUUCUUCGAUGAGAAGCCAUCACGGCCACCGAAUCGCUUCUUCAGCUCGCCACCACCACUAG